AUGGAACGUACCUAAGGUAUAAGUUACUUCGAUCUAGAUCGAUUGUACACAGAAUGUGUUGAAAGAAAUUUCAGAGGUGAUAGUAAUACUAUUGGAUCUGUAAUUAGUCAAGCCACGUGGUGCUAGAGUCAGAUAGAAUUGAAUAGAGCCAUUAAUGUGCCAUCUUUUGGUACUAUUGGAUUCUUGGCAAUCAGAGAAAAUAUGAAGGUCAUCUACAUCAAGCUGUCCAACCAUUUCCUAUCUAACCACGGCCUGCAGUACAAGCAGGGCUAACAAGAAUUGGAAAGCUAGCAAAACAUCGUAAUGGACCCUACAGUCAAGCCAAACUUCCCAGCAAUGGGCAAGAGUGCUGGUCUGGACAAGCAAGUCCUCCAAGGCAGUCUCAACAAUCUCUUCUAAUUAAUAGGAGAUCUUAUGACUGAAGGACAAAACGUAGAAGUAGACCUCCAAGAAUUUGGAAAGUUUUCCUCUAUUAACCGCCAAGUCAUCUACGCUUCCUUGAACAAGCAGAAGCCAUCGGCCUUCCAAGGCAAGCAAACAGUGAAGUCACUUAUGGAUCUUGGCAACCCCACAGAUAAGUACAAGUCAGCUCAAAAGCAACUAGCUAGUUUUGGAGAGGCUGCCAACCAAAACAUGAUGAUGGGCUCAAAGCUGCACGGAAGCAUCGGCUCUUAGGGCUAAGGGUACCUCCAAGGCUCAGUAUUCAAAUCAACCAACAAUGGCGGCAACUUAAACGACUCACCCACCAGAAGAUUCAAAAAGCCUUUUGGAGAGGGAAAGAUUUCUAGCGACCUCUUGGGAGCAGGAGAUGAUCCUAUGGCUAAGAAUCAAGAAUUCUCACUCCUAGCUAACAACCCAGCUCAACUCAUGGCACUCAGCUUCAAAAAGCCAACCAAGGCCUUGAGUAGAUACCCACCUGUGAUUGACCCCUUCAGCAGAACUUUGGCGGCACCUAUAUCCUCUCAAAGACAUUACUUCUCAGUUUGCCACAGAAUUGGAACUAACUUCACUCCCUCUGGUAAAGGUUUCUUUAUUGACACUGACACCAGAACUAUCAAGUACAAGGACAUUAAUGAUACUGGCACCAAGCUAGACAUCGUUGGUCUUGAUGAUGUCGAACCAGCUGAUGAGAGAGAAGAAUAUGACUCUAUUAUGAACCCUAAAGGCCAAGACAGAAGAAGAAUUCAAGCUAGAAAGGUUUCCUACCAAAGAUACAGACAAUAUGUCGAAAAUGAAAUCUCAGUAGAUGUGAUAGCUCCAAUCCGCUAAUACUGGCUGAGUCACAUCAUUGAGUUGAUCCCAGGAGACUUGCAUGCAGUAGAAAAAGACAGAAUUGAGUACCUAAUUGACACCAUGCUUAAUGAAAUCAACAAAGAUUACUUCGAUUCAGUCAGAAAGAGUAUCCUUGACUACAUCCUCAAGGACGACAACGAAAUGAGAAGGCUCGGCAUCCAGCAAGUGCUUAACCAGCCAAUUGAUUGGGGUGAUGAUUUCUACAAGGGUAUUGAGCCAAAUGAAGAGUGGAAGCACAAUGUUAUGAUGGCAAGAAUGCUAAUGUCAGAGAAUCUAUGUAUUUGCUCUCAAGCCACCUUAGAAUUGAUGAAGCUCUGGCAAGAAUAUGAGAACUAUCUCUUCGUGAAGCUGCCAUAGCCCAGAGAAGAACCAGUAUUCCUUGUCUAGUUCCUUGAAUAACAAGACAACCAAAUGAAUAAGGUCAAGGGACUCUUGAGCUCAGACUGGAACAAGAGUUCAGUCGAUAUCCUCAGAGAAGAACUUGAAAACCUAGACAAGGAUUAGACCAAGACCUUCUUCGAGUCAGUUGCCACACUAAUGGCUAAUCAAGUCAGAGAACUCAUUUCCAAGUCAGUCAAAUCCUACGUUGAGUUCUUCAGAAGAUUCAAGAAAAGAGAAUACCCUACUCCUCAGGAGAUCAUUAAGAGAGAGUAUGACCCAGACACUGCUUUUGAGGACAAUUUCCUCAUUCUUAAACUCACCAUUGAUGGUCAAAGAAUCACAUUCUCAGACCAACUAAACGUAGUCAAGAGAGACCUCGAGAAGAUUGUGGAACUUAUUGUGCAGCAAAGUCAAAACUUGCCAAGACCUGAGAACACAAUAGCUAGAAGCGACAAGAUGCAUCUCUGGGACGUCCCCAUUGAAGACGAUCUAGUUAGAAAUGCUCAGAAUGAAAUUCAUGAGAUCCUUGAAAACAACAUUGACGUUGUUGAAGAAGCUCUCAGAGUUUAUGAUGACUACCUCUUUAUUCUCAAGGAGAAAGCAAGAAUCGAGCACUUCUUGAAUGAAGGUCCUUACAAAAGAGAGACUUUCAUUGCUGAAAUUCAGAAAUAUGAAAAGACAAUCAAGAUGAUUAGAGAGACAAUGCCAUUUGAAAUUAGAAUGAACAUGUUCCUCAUUGACUGUGCUGACUUAAACAACAAGCUUUGCCUUGAGUGUGAGGAGCUGAUUGAUAAGAUCUUACAAAGAAUCGCUGACUACGUUUUCACUGAGAGUUCCGCUCAAAUCAUUCAAAGUGUCAAGGGCAUUAAUGAAAGCUUUGCCAACAAGGCAGACAGUUCAAAGAAACUUGUGGCUAUGGAAAAGGAAUUAGAAGAAAUUAAGAUCAUCAAAAAGCAGCAAUUGAUCAAUGAAUAUAAUGACUUGAUUGAAUGGCUCAUGCUGCUCUACAAUAAUCCCAGAUACAGAGUAGUUGAAGAUCAAACCAGAUCUGUAAACUCAGCUUAUGUGCAAACUUGCAAAAUAACUCAAAUGGUUGAGAUGCAAGAGAACAAACUUAAGAAUGAAAGAGUUGAAAUUGAGAAUGCUCUCGUGAGGCAAAAGAGAGAAUUCAGCGAGAUGCUUGAGGAGAUCAAACUCGAUGUUGACAAGUUCAAGGAAUACGAAAACAAAAAGAAGGAGGACGAGUUCAACAAGACCAUUGCAAACAUCAACUCAAAACUUGCUUAGCUAACUGAAGAAAUGUAAAGAAUCAAUGAGCAAGAAGCUGAUCUUGACUUCCCCAUCUCUGAAUAUCCACUCAUCGAUGAAUGCAAGCAAGCGAUCAAGCCAUAUGAAGACCUUUGGAAAUUGGUUAAGGAAUACUUCUCAAAGAACUCACUUUGGGUUGAAGGAGAACUUUUAAAGCUUGACCCAGAAGAGGUAGAAAAGGAUCACAAGCAAAUGCUCUCUAUGUCUAGUAAACUCGCCACUAGAUUCAGCAUGAUGAGACUAACCAAGCCAGAGAAGAUUGCUAAUGAUAUUAAGACUGAGUUGUCUAAGUUCAGGGACUAUCUCCCAGUUAUCAGAUCUCUCUGUAACCCAGGUCUAAAGCAAAGACAUAUGGAGGAGAUCAGGAAACUUAUUGACAAGCCAAUUGAAAAGAAUGAAAAGUUGAGAACUUUGAUUCAGUUGAAAAUUGAAUCAUUCAAAGACAAGCUCGAAGAUAUUAGUGAUACUGCUUCUAAAGAGUACUCGAAUGAGAAAACACUCACAAAAAUGAAUGAAGAUUGGACACCUAUGGAAUUCACUUGCAAGGACUGGAAGGGAUCUUUCAUUCUCGAUGGUGAGGCUAUUGAACUCAUUCAAGCCUUACUUGAUGAUCACAUUAUCAAGACUCAAACUAUGAAGGGUUCACCAUUCGCUAAAGUCUUCUUGAAAGAUAUCACUCAAUGGGAAACUAACCUACUCAAAACAUAAGAAAAUAUGGAAGUAUGGCUAAAGGUUCAAUCGGUGUGGCUUUAUCUAGAGCCAGUAUUCUCAUCAGAGGAUAUCAUGAAGCAAAUGCCAGUUGAAGGUACUAAAUUUAGAGAAGUAGAUAGAGCAUGGAGAACACUAAUGACAAGAAUUUCAGACAAUCCAAAAGCACUCGAUGUCAUAUAAAUUGAAGAACUUGGAGAUAUUUUAAGAGAAUGUCACGCUAAGCUUGAACAAGUUCAAAAGGGUCUUAAUGACUAUUUAGAAAGUAAGAGAUAACUCUUCCCUAGAUUCUAUUUCCUAUCAAAUGAUGAGCUAUUGGAAAUCUUGUCUGAGACUAAGGAACCAUUAAAGGUACAGCCACAUCUUAAGAAGUGCUUUGAAGGUAUAGCUGCUUUGGAAUUCGAUGAGGAAAAGAAAAUUCAUGCAAUGUAUUCCUCUGAAGGCGAGCAAGUUCCUUUCACCAGAAUUAUUGAUCCUAUUGCUAGUAAAGGUUAAGUAGAAGAUUGGCUUAGACAAGUAGAGGAGGUUAUGCUUAAAUCAGUUAAAGAAAUUGUAGAAAAAGCAUUAUAAGAUUACUCCAAGAAAGAUAGAGAAAAGUGGGUCAUUAGUUGGUAAGGUUAGGCUGUGCUUGCAGUCGAUAUGAUGUUCUGGACAAGUCAAGCUGAAGAAGCUAUGAAGAAAAGUGGUGUUGCAGGUCUUCAACAAUAUUACUAAAAGCUUGAUUUAUAGUUGAAAAAUAUUGUUGCUUUGGUCAGAACUAACAUCAACAGACUUGAGAGAUGCACUCUAGAAGCCAUGAUUGUGCUCGAUGUGCAUGCUAAGGACGUUAUCAUGAAUGAUUUGGUUAAAAAUAAUGUAUCAGAUGCUUCAGAGUUCAACUGGUUGGCCUAACUUAGAUACUACUGGGAAGAUAACAAUGUCAAUGUCAAGAUCAUUAAUGCAGAGCUAUCUUACAACUACGAAUAUUUGGGUAACUCUAGUAGAUUGGUUAUUACCCCUUUGACUGACAGAUGCUACAGAACUCUUUGCGGUGCUCUUUAUCUCAACUAUGGAGGUGCUCCAGAAGGCCCAGCUGGAACUGGUAAAACUGAAACUGUCAAAGAUCUUUCUAAGGCUCUUGCUAGACAAUGUAUUGUGUUCAACUGCUCAGACGGUCUAGAUUAUCUUCAAAUGGCUAAGUUCUUCAAGGGUCUUGCCUCAUGUGGUGCUUGGUCAUGCUUCGAUGAGUUCAACAGAAUUGAGCUUGAAGUGCUAUCAGUUAUUGCCCAACAACUCCAUACAAUUUAACAAGCAAUUGAUAAGAAAAUGGAGAAAUUCGACUUCGAGGGUUCAGUCAUUCCAAUCAAAUUCACUUGCAACUGCUUCAUUACCAUGAACCCAGGUUAUGCCGGUAGAUCUGAACUUCCAGAUAACCUCAAGGCUCUUUUCAGAUCUGUGGCUAUGAUGGUCCCCGAUUACGCUAUGAUUGCUGAGAUUUCCCUUUAUUCCUUUGGUUUCACAGAUGCUAAGAAUCUAUCAAACAAGAUUGUUACCACAUACAAGCUCUGCUCUGAGCAACUUUCCUCUCAAGACCAUUAUGAUUACGGUAUGAGAGCAGUCAAGAGUGUGCUGACUGCUGCUGGUAACCUGAAGAGGAAAUUCGUAGAUGUGAACGAAAGCAUCGUCAUGUUGAGAGCCAUUAACGAUGUCAAUCUUGCCAAGUUCCUCUCACAUGAUUUGCCACUGUUCAGAAAUAUCACUAGUGAUUUGUUCCCAGGCAUCGUUUUACCCGAGCCAGAUUAUACAGAUAUGAUUGCAUGCAUGAAAAAUCAAAUGAAGAUCAUGAAUCUCUAAGAUGAGCCUUACUUUAUUGACAAGAUCAUUCAGCUUUACGAGAUGAUUGUCGUCAGACAUGGUCUCAUGGUGGUUGGAAAUCCAUUUGCUGGCAAAACUAGUGCCCUCAAGGUUUUAGGAGGUGCUCUUACUGAACUUAACGAGAAAGGAUUGAUGGGAGAAAUGAAGACACAUAUCUGCGUUAUUAACCCUAAAUCUAUUACAAUGGGACAAUUGUAUGGUAAUUUCGAUGAGGUAUCCCAUGAUUGGUCAGAUGGAGUAUUAGCCGUGUGGUAUAGAGUCCUUGCUGCUCAAAUGGAUAAGAAAGAUAGAAGAUGGUUGAUAUUCGACGGACCAGUCGAUGCUAUUUGGAUAGAGAACAUGAACACUGUACUUGAUGAUAACAAAAAACUCUGUCUUAUGAGUGGUGAGAUCAUUCAGAUGUCUGACAACAUGAAUAUGAUCUUUGAGCCUAUGGAUUUGGCUGUCGCUUCCCCUGCUACUGUCUCAAGAUGCGGUAUGGUUUAUAUGGAGCCACAUCAAAUGGGUUGGAGACCACUCUUGAAUUCCUGGAAAAACAAACUUCCUACUUGCUUCGGUGAAGAGCACCUUAAAGUUAUUCAGGAAUUAACAGAUGUUAUUGUUCAACCAUGCUUAGACUUCAUCAGACAAGAAUGCAUUGAGACAACUCCAACUCAAGACUAGAACAUUGUUUAGAGUCUGCUUAAAAUUUGGAGGUCACUUUUGACAGUCUUUGACAAUGAGCACUUCAUAACAACACUUGACAAGAAAGCAGUCCACACUGUAAUUGAGUCAUGCUUCAUCUUCUCAUCAGUCUGGUCAGUGUGCUGCACAAUCAAUACUGAGUACAGAAGACCAUUCGACUAGCAAUUUAAAAAGAUAUGCAAUGGAGAGCUUGAAGGCGGCAAGAAACUUCAGAAGAAGAUACUACCAACCUCCUUCGAUAGAGGUACCAUCUACGACUAUGUCUACUUCCCAGAGAAGAAUGAGUGGAAACACUGGAUGGAUCUAGUGAACAAGGAGUAGCUGGACAACUUCCCUAAGAACACCUAAGUUCAAGAUAUCAUAGUCACAACUAUCGAUACUGUAAGAUACAGCUACUUGCAAGAGCAUUUUAUCAAGCACGAAAUACUAUCUCUGUUUGUGGGUCCCACUGGUACUGGUAAGUCAGCUUAUAUCAUGAACGUGCUACUCAAUAACCUGAACAAAGAGAAAUUCAUGACAAUUGAAGUCGGAUUCUCAGCUCAGACUCAUGCUAAUUAAGUCUAAGAUAUUAUUGAUAACAAACUUGAUAAGAGAAGAAAAGAUUACUUUGGACCAAAAUUCGGAAUGAGAUGCAUCAUCUUCGUUGAUGAUCUAAAUAUGCCCAAGAAAGAAUCAUAUGGAGCUCAACCCCCAGUAGAAAUCUUAAGACAGCUAGUCGACCAAGGUGGUUGGUAUGAGAGAAGAGAUAACAAGCAUCCCUUCAAGAACAUUAUUGAUACAAUGGUUAUCACUGCUAUGGGUCCACCAGGUGGUGGUAAGACCUUCAUCACUCCCCGUUUCCAGAGACAUUUCAACAUUGUAGCCUUUGCUAUUUUCGAUGAGAACACUAUGAACAACAUCUUCAGAACUAUUCUCAAGUGGUAUUUCAGAACUGGAAACUUCAAUGCAGAUGUGUAAGGCAUGGACGCCAAGAUAGUUUCAGGUACAAUGAAGAUCUAUCAGAAGAUUUAAGAGGAGUUGAAGCCUACCCCAAUGAAGAGUCACUACACAUUCAACUUAAGAGACUUCUCCAAAGUCAUUUGCGGUAUUUGUAUGGCUGGCAGAAAUUAAAUUCCCAACACUGAUGUUUGCCUCAGACUAUGGGCUCAUGAGAUCUUCAGAGUAUUUGGUGACAGACUGAUUAACAAUGAGGACAGACUCUGGAUGCUACAAACUGUUAAGGACACCUGCAGAGCUCCAUUCGCUGCCAACUUUGAUAUAAUUUUCCAACAUUUGGACACUGAUAAGAAUGGCAAAGUCGAAACUCUUGAUGAGAUCAGAGGUUUAAUCUUCGGUGAUGUGCUUACGCCAUUCGGUAUGUCUGACAGACCUUAUGAAGAGAUUAUGGACAAAGAAAAGCUGUAUGCUUGCUGUGAGGAAGCUCUUUCUCAAUACAAUAUGAUGUCUGAAAAGCCGAUGGAGCUAGUGCUUUUCUCAUUCGCCUUGGAGCAUUUGCUUAGAAUUAGUAGAAUCUUAAAGUAACCAGGUGGUCAUGCUUUGCUUGUUGGAGUCGGUGGUUCAGGUAGAUAAUCUCUUACCAGACUCGCCUCUAAGAUGGCAGACUUCGAAGUUUAUCAAGUAGAAAUCAAGAAGAACUACAGAAUGCAAGAAUGGAGAGAUGACAUGAAGAACUUACUAAGAAUGUGCGGUGGUAAAGGAAACACCACUAGUUUCAUUUUCACUGAUGUCUAGAUCAAAGAAGAAGGUUUCCUCGAGGAUGUGAACAACAUUUUGAACACAGGCGAAAUCCCCAAUUUGUUCCCAUCUGAUGAAAAGGCAGAUAUCUGCGAGUUAGUAAGACCAGCAGCCAAAGCUGAGAACAGAGCUCCUGAAGGCACUCCAGCUCAACUAUUCUCAUUCUUCGUAGAGCGAUGCAGAAAGAAGCUACACAUUGUUUUGUGUUUCUCGCCAAUUGGAGAGUCUUUCAGAAACAGAGUCAGAAACUUCCCCUCACUGGUCAAUUGCACAACCAUCGAUUGGUUCUCUGAGUGGCCCAAGGAUGCACUCGAGAACGUCGCCAAGAGAUUCCUAGGAGAAAUCGAGAUGGAGUCAGCUGUAAGACUAGAAUGCGUGCAAUUGGUGCAGCACUUCCACGAGUCCACUGCUAGAGCUGCUGACAGGUUCAAAGCUGAGCUCAGAAGAUACUAUUAUGUGACACCUACUUCUUAUUUGGAAUUGAUCACAACAUUCAAAACUAUCCUCAAGGAAAAGAGAGAAGAGAUCAUGGCUUUGAAGAACAGAUAUGAACACGGUUACAACUGUCUUAUCUCAACUGAAGCUAAUGUAUCAAAGAUGCAGAAAGAACUUGAAGAUCUAUAACCUAAACUUAUUGAAGCUUCAAAAGAAACUGAUAUUAAGGAGAAGAAGGUCGAGGCUGAGACCAUAGGUGCUGAAAAGAUUAGAGAAGUCGUAGCAGGUGAAGAAGCUAUAGCAUCUGCUUCAGCUGCUGAGGCCACAGCUAUUAAAGAGGAUUGCGAGAAAGAGCUCUCAGAAGCCUUACCUAUUCUAAAGGCUGCAGAAAAAGCAUUGCAAUGUAUCACUAAGAAUGAUAUUACUUUCCUUAAGAAAUUGCCACAGCCACCCGAAGAUGCUAAGAUGGUGCUAGCAGCUGUGUGUGUCCUAUUCGGAAGACCACCAGAAUCCAAGAUGGAUCCAAACACCUAGAAGAAAGUGUUUGACUAUUGGCCAGUUGCAGUCAAAAUGAUGAACUAAGAUAACUUCCUCAGACAACUUCAGGAGUAUGAUAAGGAGAACAUCGAAGAAGACAGAGUUAAGAAGUUGCAAGAAUUCCUCAAGAAUCCCAAGUUCGAGAUUAAUCACUUGAAUACUAUCUCAGUCGUAGCAGCUAACUUGGCAUCUUGGGUCAUUGCUAUGGACAAGUUCUACAAUGUCAACUUGAUCGUGCUGCCCAAGAAAAAGAAGCUCGCUGAAGCCCAAGCUGAAUAUGAAGAGGUGGCAGGCAAACUCAGAAUUAAACAAGAAGAGUUGAGAAUUGUGCAAGAGAAGGUAGAUGCGCUCAAAGCAGAUCUCAAGGCAACAAAGGAUUACAAACAGUAACUUGAGAGAGAUGUCGCUGAUUGCGAAGCCAAGCUUGACAGAGCUACCAAGCUUAUCGGUGGUCUAGGAGGUGAAAAGGCUAGAUGGAAUGAACAAUCCAUUAUUCUGGGAGGAGUCUACAAGAAUCUGACUGGUGAUGUACUGGUUGCCUCUGGAAUGAUUGCCUAUCUCGGAGCAUUCACUUCAGUCUUCAGAGAUCAUUUGAGUUCUGAGUGGGUCAAGCAGUGCGUUGACAGAAAGAUUCCAAACGCUGGCUCAUUCUCACUUCAGACUAUUCUUGGUAAUCCAGUACUAAUUAGAGAGUGGACUUUAUGCGGACUGCCAUCAGAUUCCUUCUCAGUAGAGAACGCCAUCAUUACUCAGAAAGCUAGAAGAUGGCCACUAUUUAUUGAUCCUCAAGGAUAAGCCAAUAAGUGGAUCAGAAAUAUGGAGAAGAAGAGGGAAAUGAAGAUUAUGAAGUUCUCAGACGGUAAUUACCUCAAGAUACUCGAGAACUGUAUCAGAGUAGGAUAUCCAGUGCUUAUGGAAAAUGUAUAUGAAGAACUCGACCCAGCAAUUGAGCCACUACUUUAAAAGCAAAUCUUCAAGAAGGGUAAUUCACUCAACAUCAGACUAGGAGAUACUACUAUUGAGUAUUCAAAGGACUUCAAGUUCUAUAUGACAACCAAACUUAGAAACCCACAUUACUUGCCAGAAGUCUCAACUAAGGUCACAUUAUUGAACUUUAUGAUUACCUAUGAAGGUCUUUCUGAUUAACUUCUCGGUAUCGUCGUCGAGAAGGAAAAUUCUGAACUCCAAGUAAAGAAAGAAUAACUUGUGGUAGAGGGAGCAGCAAACAAGAACAAACUUGAAGAAAUUGAAGAUCAAAUUCUUAAGACCCUUUCAGGAACCACAGAUAUCCUCGGAGAUUCAAAGGCCAUUGAGAUCCUCUCAAAUGCUAAGAUCUUGGCCAAUGAUAUCGCUAAGAAGCAAGAAAUUGCAGAAAAGACUGAGAAAGAGAUCGAUGAGAUGCGUAUGGGCUACAGACCUGUUGCUGAGAGAACUGCAGGUUUAUUCUUCUGUAUCACUGACUUAGCCAACAUUGAUCCUAUGUAUCAGUACUCACUCGGAUUUUUCAUUCAGCUAUUUACUUAAGCCAUUGCUAACUCAAAGCCUAGCGAUGAUUUACAAGAAAGACUCGGAUACUUGAACGAAGAGUUCCUGAUUUCACUCUAUCGUAACAUUUGUAGAUCUCUCUUCGAAAAAGACAAAAUUAUCUUCUCAUUCUUGCUAACUUGCAAAUUGAAUGAAAUGAGAAACGAAUUAGACCCCGAUGAAUUCAGAUUCUUCCUCACUGGAGGUAUCUAGAUUGGUUCAGAGCUCCCUCCUUGCCCUGCAGAAUGGAUGUCAGAGAAGUCUUGGGGAGAAAUCAUUAGAAUGAGCGACUUGAAGCACUUCAAGGGUUUCCUAGAGCAUUUCAAGGCCAAGCAUACUAUCUACAAACAGAUGUAUGACAGCUCCUCACCACAAGAAUUCAAGUUCACAGAUGACUACACUCAAAAGUUAAAUUCAUUCCAGAGAAUGAUUAUGCUUAGAUGUAUCAGACCUGAUAAGGUUAUCCCAUCUAUAUUCAACUACAUUGUAGAGCAACUCGGAGAGAACUUUAUCACUCCACCUUAAUUCGAUCUCAAUGUAGUCUACAAGGACUCACAGAGCACCACACCAUUGAUCUUCGUGUUGUCUCCAGGAGCUGAUCCACUUAAUAAUCUCGUCAAGUUCGGUGAGAUCAAGAAGAAGCAUAUAGAUUCUGUCUCACUAGGACAGGGUCAAGGACCAAAGGCUGAGAGAUUCAUCCAAGAAGCCGUUCAAAAGGGAUCUUGGGUCGUACUACAAAACUGUCACUUGGCAGUAAGUUGGAUGGGCAGACUUGAAAAGAUUUGCGAAGAGCUCUCACCAGAUCAUAAAAUAACAAACAGAGACUUCAGACUUUGGCUUACUUCAUAUCCCUCCAAGGACUUCCCAGUUUCUAUUCUUCAAAAUGGACUUAAAAUGACUAAUGAACCUCCUAAGGGUCUUAGAUCAAACCUUGUUGGUUCUUAUAACACAGAUCCCAUCUCAAAUCAAAAGGAAUUCUUUGAAAACUGUGUCAAGCCUAGAGAAUUCAGAAAAUUGGUAUUUGGAUUGUGCUUCUUCCAUGCAGUCAUUUAAGAAAGAAGAAAGUUCGGUCCCCUUGGUUGGAACAUUCCUUAUGAAUUCAAUGAAUCAGAUCUCAGAAUCUCAGUCAGACAACUCAGAAUCUUCAUCAACCAAUAUCCGGAAAAAGCACCACUAGAUGCCUUGAAAUAUUUGACUGGAGAGUGUAACUAUGGAGGUAGAGUUACAGAUGAUAAAGAUCGAAGACUAAUGAUGACUAUUCUCGAAGACUACUACACAGAGAAGAUCUUCGACGACAACUAUAAAGUAUCACCCUCAGGUCUCUAUUUCGCUCCUCCAUUCACAGAGUACGAUAACUACAUCGAGUACAUCAGGUCACUCCCUCAGUACCCCGAACCAGAGGUAUUCGGACUACAUGCUAAUGCAGACAUCACUAAAGAUAGAAAUGAAACAAACACAGCAUUUGGCGCUGUUCUUAGUACUCAAUAGAACUCCUCAGGAGGUGGCGGAGGAAGCUCAGAUGAUAUGCUAGCUGCUCUUGCUGACUCAAUUCUACAUGAUAUUCCAGAGGCAUUUGACAUAAAAGCUGCUGAAAAGAAGUAUCCAGUAUCUUAUGAGCAAAGUAUGAACACUGUGCUAACUCAGGAAUUAAUUCGUUUCAACGGUCUUAUUAACACUGUGAGGACUUCACUUAAGGAUCUUAAGAAGGCUAUCAAGGGAGAAAUCUUGCUUUCAGCCUAACUUGAAGAGGCCCUUAAAUCACUGUUCGAUGGUAAAGUUCCACAACUAUGGAAAGGCAGAAGUUAUCCAUCCUUGAAACCACUCGGAAGUUAUGUAGUAGAUCUUAGAUAGAGACUUGAAUUCUUCCAGAACUGGAUCAACCAUGGCAUCCCACCCUUCUACUGGAUCAAUAAGUUCUAUUUCACUCAAGGUUUCCUGACAGGUGCUCUGCAGAACUAUGCCAGAAAGUAUCAGAUUCCCAUCGAUCAACUUGUGUUUGACUACGAGAUCAUUCAAGACGAGAACCCACCCCCUCCAGAUGAUGGUAUUAAUGUGUGCGGUAUGUACAUUGAGGGUUGCAAGUGGAACUAUCAGACUAGACUGCUUGAUGAAAGCGACCUCAAGAUCCUUUUCGUUAAAUGCCCAAUGAUUUGGUUCAAACCAUGCUUGAACAAUGAGGUGAAGAACUACCCUAACUACAACUGUCCAGUUUACAAGACUUCAGAGCGUCGUGGUACUCUGUCAACCACCGGUCACUCUACAAACUUCGUGACAUUCAUUCGCUUACCCUCAGACAAGCCUCAAAGUCACUGGAUCAAGAGAGGAGUUGCCAUGCUCUGUUCACUCGAUGAUUGA